AUGGACACUCAAGCUUUCGAGUUCCAAGAUAACUUCUCCUUCUCACUUGUUGACGGCUUACCACGAAAACCUAGCGUGCAACCGUCGCGCUUUUGGAAGGCACUAUCAUACACCUUCCUACCCAUCCUGGCCGGAGGGACUGGCAGCCUCGAAGAUGAGGGGCAGGCAAUGUUUGUGGCUGCGCAAGGCCAGCCUGGUAUCCCGGAAGGAAGGACGCUACCUCAAGAAGUGACGAACUACCAAAUCUUCAUCAAGUCAGAUGGUGCCGAGACCCCGGAUAUACGUAACGCUCGAGAGGCGUUAUUUGACGCAGAAGCGAAGAAGGAAGUGGCGUGGAGAGCCGCCCUGCGCGACUAUACGCCCACGGGCGCAACGUCUUUCGUGGAUGCAUUGAGUCACAACAAAGCGUAUCUGGAUGCAUGGGAGAUCGAGCAACAGCGGUAUGACGAGUACAAAUCUCUGCAAACACCGGAAAUGGAAGACAUGCUGAAGCAGCUCGAUAUCAUGAAGUCUGCAAACGACCGACUGUUAUACAAGAAGAGGUCUGUACUUGCCCUUCAAGUGUUUUCUAUAAAACUUGGCUAA